UUUCUUUAAAUAAACUAUGUGUUAUACUAAUAACACAUUUACAAUAACGCUAUUUUUUCCAAGUUUACUGACUAUGUCAAUGUCAGUCUAUGACCAUUUAUGGAGUAUGUAAUAGUAGAAACAUCAUCAGAAAAAGUUGGAGUUGCAAAAGGCCCACAUGUGAUCAGAGCUGCAGGGCUAGUUAAGGAAUUAGAAGUUUUAGGGAUUGACAUCAAAGAUUAUGGUGACCUAUCUUAUGAAGUUGAGGAUGUGGCAGUAAAGAACAUGACUCACUUAGGUCAUUUCGCGGGUUGUACUAAGUGCCUAUCAGAAAAGGUGGAACAGAUUUUAAAUGAUGGCAGACAAGUAUUAACUCUUGGUGGUGACCAUAGUCUUGGCGUAGGGAGUAUAGAUGCACAUGUUAAAGUCAAAAAAGACGUGGCUGUUUUAUGGAUAGAUGCACAUGCAGAUCUCAAUACAAAUGCAACUAGCGAAAGUGGCAAUGUGCAUGGUAUGCCAGUAGCGUUGCUGACUAAAGAGUUAUCCGAUUAUUGGCCAUAUUUACCUGGUAUGGAUUGGCAAAAACCUGUGUUAUCCAUAAGAAGUGUCGGAUAUAUUGGUUUGAGGUCUGUGGAUCGCUACGAAAGACUAGUAAUCGAAAAAUUUGGGAUCAAUGCUUAUGGAAUCAGAGAUGUUGAACGAUAUGGUAUACAUGACGUUGUACAUAUGGCAUUAUCUAAAGUAGAUCCAGAAAAUAACAAAUCUUUACAUGUCAGCUUUGAUAUUGACUCACUCGAUCCUUUGGAAGCUCCAAGCACUGGAACCCCAGUUCGAGGGGGUCUUACUUUGAGAGAAGGGAUUCACUUGAUGGAGGAAAUCUACAAUACAGGUCGACUAAAUGCUGUAGAUUUAGUGGAAGUCAAUCCACACAUUGGUACCGAACGUGACGUUAAAAAAACAGUCGAAGCUGCAAUUCAAAUUAUUCAAGCAGCCUUUGGAUAUAACAGGCGUGGACUCAAAGUUCCUAAAGGAAUUGAUGACAUACCAUUGCAAACGUUCAAGUAAUCAAUCAGUAUGUCGUUCAUAACUAUGUCAUCAAUAAUACUACUUUGUCAAAUAACUAUGUCAGAUUAUCAGGUGAACAAAGUUGUUCUCACAGUAUCAUAAACGCUUCAACGUUGUUGUAAAUAACUGAUUGGUAGUAAACCUGAACGUCGAGCAUUUCAAUGAUUUGUGUAAUGACAGCCCUUUGUUGAUUCAAGAUCAAUUAAAAGAUAUUUCCAUUUUCCAGCUGGUAUGUAUUAAUUAAUGGCUCAUCAACAUUUAGUCCAUAUCUUUUCAAGUUUUUACGAAUGCACGCAAGCACUAACUUUUAAACGUUCAUUCUCUAGUAGGUUGAUAAGUCUUAUUAUAUACGAAACUGCAGAAUCGGAAAAUAAAUUAAAACAUUUCUUCAGGUGAUUCCUUUCACAGGUUUUAUUCACUAUUCCAUACAUUCAAAUAUAAAAAAGUGAAUGAUACAUCUUCAAUUUUAUUGUACAUUUGAUACUAUUUCAUAAGCAAAUAACACAUGAGAAUUUACUUAAAUGAAUUUUAUUAUCGUUUAUAUCUAAAAUUCGUAUAUCUUAAAAGCCAUUCCAGUAGAAUAUCUGAUUACUAGUUUGUUAUACCAAAAUAUAUUCUAAUUGGUUGUAAGUUAAUACGUUCGGGAGACCAAUCUUAUAGAUAAUUAUCAAUAGUAGACAUUUUUUCAGUUUCACUAAUGGCACCAACAGCACAUGCGAGUAAUGUUUGAACGUCUUUUGGUU